UCUGCCUCUAGAAGUCUAUGCAGUUUCAUCUCUAGUAGUUUAACAUGUUCCGCCUUACGAUCUGCUGCCUCGUCCUGGGCGCUGCCCUCGCCAAGCCAGCUGAGAAGGCCUCGGACAAGUCAGCCAACCAUGCCUCGAAGUCGGAGAUGCUCCAUUCGCGGAAGACAGUCAUCGAAGUCGGCGAGUCCCGAGGUUUGAGUGAUGAUCCUCAGCCUCUGCCGAAACCGACCACCAACUCUACGGACCUGCGGGGAAUUGACUAUUUCCUCCUCCACCCGGGACAGUACUACUUUACGUCCACGAACUAUCCCAACAACUAUCCUAAUUACGACUACUUUUGCUACGUCUUCGAAGCAGCCAGUGGCAACCCGAUGGAAAUCUGCUGCAAUCCUUUUGACGUUGAACCGCACCCUAACUGCGACUACGACUGGCUCCAGCUGAACGGCGACAAGUUCUGUGGAUCCGGCACCUUUUACUACUACGGCUCGUACAUCGUUGCUGAGUUCAGCUCUGACGGUAGUACCACCUACCCAGGCUUCUACUGCACCAUCACCGUGUAAUGGCAUCCAAGGACCACCGUAACGACAUCCAAGAACCACCGGCAUCCAAGAACCACCGUAUAAUGGCAUCCAAGAACCGCUGCGAAGAUCGCGACCCCUUCCACGAGCGGCUGCACUUUGUGAUAGCCUCCGUGGCGAGAUGAUCCCAACGUGUGCACUUCUGUUACUGAUCCCGGACUUUGCCAACAUUUGUUUUGAUUCGGUUUCUGAUUCGAUGAGCAACGGUGGUGGCGUCUGUUAUAAAUAAACUUUCUGCUCGGGA